AUGGCUCUAUCUGGAAAGUUAAUUGGUUAUGCAGAGAUCAGUAAGAAGGGAGAUGUAUUCCACGAUCUCUUCAGGCACAACCCCCAUGAGAUAGUUGCGAUAGCCCCUAAUAAGAUAAUUGAAGCAGUGAAUGAGGAAAACCACAUGGCUGUGUUUAAGGUAAUCGGAGGAGAUUUAGUGGAGGAGCUAUACAAGAGCUUUACAAUCAUAUUGCAUGUUGAACAAAAGGGUGAUGGACAGGUGGCUACUUGGACCUUUGAGUUUGAGAAGCCUAAUGUGAGUGUACCAUAUCCAACUUCUAUGAUGGACUACCUUUGUGAUCUGGUCAAGGACUUGGAUGCCCAUGGCAGCACUAAUUAA